AUGACGUCGACGGCGACAUGUGGGGAUGCGCGGGACACUGCGGCCGGGUCAGGUUGCUUGACUUCUGACGGAUGGGCGGAUGUGGGGCCCCCGGCGAUGUUGGGUGGCAAAGAGGCGGAGGGGGCGACGGGUGCGGCGGUCAUGACUUGUUUGGGCGAGUAG